CCGAGAGUUGCUAGAGACAACCGGUCCUCCCCAGAGCGAGUCCUCAGUGACUGCAAGCACGGGCCGGGCGCUCCCACCUCGCCGCGGCGCCCCGCGUGGCCCGAGCGCAGGUGGCUUUCCCAGGGGUGUGACUCAGCUUAUAAAACCUCUUCUGGCAAAAGUCCUGACCUGGAGCAGUCGAUGGUAGCAAUUUCUCCACACUGUCAGAUGGCACCUCUGCAGGUCUUGCCUCUGUGCUUCCUAUUUCUGGCCAUUUCUCCAGGUAGUAUUCACAGUGGGAAGAUGGCGAACACUCUGUGCAUGUGCAGGACAGUGCCUGUUGUGCCUGAAGUGGCCCCUCCUAAGCAGCCCAGGAGCGCUUUCUGUGUGCACAAGCAGAGCAGCGAGAUUGUCAGUUUCACACAUAAAGUGGCCAUUUUUGCACAACAUGGGAAGAACAUCACCCUUACUUGGAAGGGUAACAUCUUUAUUAAAGAUAUGAAAGAAGAAUUCUGCUUUGAUAUGGAAAGGCAUCCUGAAGGAAGACACUUCAACACACAGGCCAGAAACAGCAUGACACGUGACAACAAUGACAGAAUUUCACUGGCAAGGGACAACACAUCUUUCACCCUGAAUGUCAAAGAAGCACAAUAUGCUGACCAAGGAAAUUAUACGUGCACUCUUUAUUUUGAUGACGGGGAAGGAAGUCUGAUAAUAGAGCUAAAGGUUGUCGACACAAAUCCUGAAUGUAGCUGCAAGAGGCAGAGUGAUGCUAUUUAUUGCACAUCAUCUGGAGAGCAUCUGGAACAGCAACUGCAUUCACCUGGGGAUUGCCAGGGAACCCAAAAGACCUCCAAUCUGAUGUGUUUGUAUGUGAGAAGUGAGAAUGGCUUAUAUAAAUGGAUGGACCCUGUCAAUGAAAUGAUGCAUUGCUGUCCCAACAACAACACAGCAAGCUUUGAUCCACUCCAAGCUUCUACUGCACCCCUAAAUUCCUCUUCUGUGACAAACCUAUCAAGCAACCCCACUGUGUGGCUUCUGAUGAUCAUUCCUCUUCUGUUGAUCGUUUUUCUUCUGUUUCUCCGUUGGAAGAAAGGUGCCAUGAAAAGGAGGAAUACGUCAAGUUGCUUGCAUCCAUCAAGGGCCUACAGGUUUCGUCAUAUUGAAAGCCAAAGUCAAAUCUCCUUUUCAACUGAGGUUCACUAAAUGCAGUACUUGGAUUAGGAGAUGAACAUGGAAAACCGCAGUUCGAAAGCUAUGGAGGCAAGGAAUGUUCUCUGCCUGGCCACCAUCUGCAAGAUCCCACCCGACCUACUGCUAAUGCUUCCUCUUGUCCAUUCAGGGGGAUUUGCACUUCGGUGAGAAGAAGUAGCCUGCAAACCUGUUUCAGUCAAAGGCAGGCUUCUUCAGACUUUGAACUCCUGGGCUCAGUUUUAGAGCACUGGUAGAGCCAGACCUAAUGUGGCCACAUUGCAACCAACAGGGAGAUUUGGAGCUGGACCUUCAGCAGCUCUUGGACUCAUCUGAUUGUGGUCUAGAACUGAAAAUAUGAUAAAGAGCAUUAAGAUUUUUACUGAGUGAUGAACAGGAUCAUUAACUAUGGAAAACAAGUCUUCAAAUAAAAAUGCAGGGUCUGCAAAAGGAUAAGACAGCAAGGUUGGGGCUGUUUUGGAAAACAGGACAGGGUUACUCAUCCAGCUUCUGCAAAACAUAUUAUCAAAUCUUUUUUGCCCAGAUAUUCCAAACACCAACUCUAUGCUUAACUUGCCUAGUUUCUAGCAUUUGUUUGUUCUCUUUUUUUGUCUCAAAUGGGGAAAAUGUACAUUUUUUAAAGUGCACUAAAAUGUGUAAAGCUGUGUAAAGCAUUUUUUUUUACAACAUGAAUGCAAGCUCAGGAAUUUGCUAACAUUUUAGGAGACCAUUGUCCUGUCUGUGUUUGUAUUAGGGUAUGUAAACAGGACAUUUUUGCAUGAUUUGCAAACAACAAUGAAAUGAAAGUAUAAAUACCCACAGUUUAUAACGGUGUUAUGGGUGCUAUUAAAUGUUGCAAAGAUAAUCCUCUGUGGAAUGCAGAACCUGUGUUCCCAGGUGAGCCACUCCAGAAAAGUUAAGACAUCGUCAUGCUUCCCCAGCAGCAGCUGCAGCAAGCUGUCAGACCAGUUUUCUGGUAAUAUGACUAUCAUUGUCAUUUGCCAGUUUAAACUCCAGACCUAUAAAGAUUCAUGAACUUUACUGAUUGUCAUGUCAAUAUUCUGUAAUCACCAAUACUGGCUCAUGCCCCUCUGCAGAUCUCUCAUAUUGUUUUGGUGUGUGAAUGCAUUAUGUGCCCUUUAUUUUCUCAUCCUCUGUUCUGUUCCUGUGUAUGUCACUAGAAGCCUAUAAAACACUCUCUAUAUGUUCAGAAACUUGUUGCUUGUGGGUGUACCUCUACGUGACAGUGCUGUUUGUGAAGGGUUAUCUCUGCAGAGGGGCCUCCUGAGUGUUCUCACCAAUAAAACCGCUGAGGUUCGUAACAGGCGAACUCAGGUGGAUCUGAGUGUACAUUCUUGUGGGCUGCUAGUCUGGGACUCCCUGAAAGCUCAAACUGGGGCAGAGCAGUCAGUUUCGCCCUCCACUUCAGCUUACUCCAGCAGGUCUCACCCUCCAAACCCCAAGCCCCCAUGCAAGCCGCAUAGGGAGCGUGCAGAGGAGGCUGCAGAGCUGUUGCUUUGAAGGAGGAGGUUUUCAGGACCUUUCCCAGUGGGCCAGAGGUAAGCAGGGCCCCGCUCACCCCUCUUUGUUUAGCAUCAUUGACAAUCACUCCAUUAAUUCUUGUGAUUAAAAUAUCGGUGCUUCCAAAAGAUAAUGAGCAAGUGAUUCAGGAGAUGCUUGGAUUAGUUCUGUGGGAAUUGCACAAUAUCUUAUUCCCAGAAGUGAACAAAAGCUGUGUUGUGGUUAUUGUUUUUGUAAUGUAUUCAUGUAUUUAUGGGCUGCCCAUAACUACCAAGGCCUUCCUAGGCAGUUUACUGUCAUCCAGGGGGAUGUUACCUAGACAACAGGGUUGAUAGGAAGGCGGGGACCACUUUGUCCUGGGAAGGAAGAGGGAUAUUUGCAAGGAGACCACAUUUGGGAGCACCAGUUCAGUCCCAUAUGAGUUUGGGAGGCACAGGAAGCCAGAAAGAAGUUUCAAGGUGAUCUUGGUAGGUUGGAGUGCUGAGCUGCAAACAACAGAAUGAAAUUCAAUAGAGAGAAACGCUAAGUGGGUCCUCUUUAUGAGCUGUUGAUGCUUAACAAGCCACAAUAGCUCAGAUUUCAGGAAUAGCGCACACUUUAGUGAACCCAGUCACUGUUUAUAUCAGAAUGUUAUUUUGUAAAUAUUGCAUAUUACUUAGGGUUAUACUGCUGUUUGGAUAUGUGUAUUUGUAUUUGAAUCAGGGUAUAUGUAUUGAUUAUUGCCAUUUCCUAAAUUUUCUUUCUGCAGAUGUUGCUGAAGUUUUGUUGCUGUCUAUAUUAAUAGUGCUGAACAACAUGUAUAUAAACACUUCCCUAGUGGGCCUUCCAUCAGAACCAAAGAUGCAUUCAAGACUGUGAAGCUAUCUGUGAACCUACAAUUUUCAUUUCUUUAUCACAUUGUAAUUUUUGCAUGUGAAUAUUAAUAUCAUAUGACAAUAGAGGAGGGUUGCAAUUGAGUUAAACAAAAUGAUUCACACUUGCCAGGCUAACUGGAACUUAGCAAUACCUCCGCUUCCAUUUUCCAGAUUUUAUAAUGCAGUUCUUGCUCAGAAAGACAUAUAACAUGUAGCUAGUCAAAAUGCACAUAGAAAUUUGGACUUUAAAUUCAUUAAAUUCAUUAAAUAAAAUGUGUACAAAAUAUAUAUUUUAUGUAAAAAUGUUUGUAAAAUAUGUAUUUUAUGGGAGAAAUGUGUACAAUUUAAAUGUUAUUUUUUUACUGUUGUUGCUAUAGUUGUAGAAAAUGAGAUGGAACAAGCUAAUUUUCAACUUCUCGAAAAACUGGCAGGGCCUGGAAAUGGACUGAUCUAUGUAUUGCUAGUAUCAUUUACUGCAUGUAGUUUCUAAUGCCGGUUCACCAUUCCUAUCUAGCACAUUCUGACAGUCUGUUUCUAAGGAUCGGCUUGCCUGUUUUUGCUCCGUUAAUAGAUCACCUCACUGUUUUCAUUAUUCAACCAAACCAUUCAAAGAAACCUGGUCAAAUUAUAUUUGUAAAUAAAG